CUGUUAUUCACUCCUGUCCUGAGCAAAGGGGUGAGGUUAGAUGUGUGCUCCGGUUGUUAGAAACCUGGUGAAGUCCUUGGCGCCUUUGGGGUUUUGCAGCCAAGUGCCAGAAGAUGCGUCUGAAAGGAUUUGAGGGCUGACUGGACAACAUUUUCAUUUAGCCUCAGAAAGCUGCUUCUUGUUAAGGCUUCCGAGAGUUUGAGCAUUUCCAGAGGCCAUCUCACUUCUUGCAGGAGCAAUGCCCCACAGCAAGGUCCUUCGUCUCAUCCUGCUGACACUGACUGGAGUCCUGGUACCUCUUGUGAAAACUGAAUAUCCCCAAGGACCUUUCCCAACGCUGUGGAAUGAUCCCCCGGAGCUGCCGUCAGGUGGAGGUCCCUUGGAAACCACCCCCAGCCCUCGCUUCUCAGAUUCUCCAGGAUUCCCACCUUAUACUUCUGAUUAUGAGCCAGAGGACACAACCCACCUCCACCAGCUGGAUAACGGGAAUGGGUCAUUGGGUCCGGGAGCCAUUGGUGCCAUUGUGAUUGCUGCUCUGCUGGGCACAUCUGUGAUUGUGGCCUUGAUUGUCAUCACCCUGAGAAAGUUUUCAGCUUCCUGAAAUCAAUAAAAAGUUAUUUUUUCCUAAUA